ACUGGAAGCCGGUUUCAUUUCUUUUAAUGGUUUCAGUGUUUAGUGGAAGCAAGAAAAUCUAAAAUCAGGGAAAUUGACAAGGAAAAAGGAUGUUGAGAUCCUUGUUAGGUUGUUCAACUGCUUACCGAGCAUGUCUUCCCGGUAUCCUUGAAGCUGCCACAACCAACAUUCAACAAACAAGGAAUACUUUCAUCCUGAAAAGGAGAUGGCCUCCGGGUCUUCACAAGAAGGCUGAGAAGCCCAAGAGAUUCCGGAGUCGCCAAUACAUUUAUGAUCUUGUGGAGGAUACGGAAGUACGGAAGGUGAAGGACAUAGAAGUCGUGCUGACCACAUUUGUCGAUGGAAUUGGACAAAAGGGAGAUAUUGUCUCUCUAAAACCUCGCUAUGCCCACAAUAUGCUGCUCCUGCCUGGACUGGCGGUGUACAAGACGGAAAAGAACAUCCAGAAGUACAAGAAGGAUGCAGAUGAGCCAGAAGUAAAGAAGCACAGCUCACCGUAUGUCCAGCGAACAAUCAACAUGAUUGAGGGCCUCAUUCUGCCGAUUGUCAUGAACAAGGAUCAUCCGUGGGUGAUUGAGAAAUGGCACAUUCGGGCAUCUCUGCGAAAAGCUGGCUACUAUGCCACGGAUGAGUCAAUAACCAUCCCUGAGACACCCAUAAGGGGUCCCGAUUUGUCGCUGGAAAACAAGGAAUUUACGGUGCAAAUUAAAAUUAAUGGUCAGGAAACAGCGAUACUCAAAUGCAGGAUUCAUCACUGGAGCACCGAUCCUGUUGGGAGACUUCCCUAUCUUCCUGAAUUCUGGAAACUCCCAUCUGAUCCUAUUGUUGCAUAAAUCUGCAUGGGAUUAUAUCCCUUUAGAAUGUUCAUAAUUAAAUAGUUUUUACAUUAAA